AAAUCAUGAAUCCUGUGUAUAGCCCUGGAUCUUCUGGGGUUCCCUAUGCAAAUGCCAAAGGAAUUGGUUAUCCAGCUGGCUUCCCAAUGGGCUAUGCAGCAGCUGCUCCUGCCUAUUCCCCUAAUAUGUAUCCUGGAGCAAAUCCUACCUUCCAAACAGGUUAUACGCCAGGCACCCCGUAUAAAGUAUCUUGUUCACCCACUAGUGGUGCAGUGCCACCGUAUUCUUCCUCACCGAAUCCCUAUCAGACUGCUGUGUACCCAGUUCGAAGUGCCUAUCCACAGCAGAAUCCAUAUGCACAGCAAGGCACUUACUACACACAGCCUUUAUAUGCAGCACCACCCCACGUAAUUCACCACACCACAGUCGUGCAGCCUAACGGCAUGCCAGCAACUAUGUAUCCUGCUCCAAUUCCGCCACCAAGAGGAAACGGUGUGACUAUGGGGAUGGUGGCUGGGACUACUAUGGCAAUGUCAGCAGGUACUUUGUUGACAACUCAUUCCCCAACUCCAGUAGCCCCUCAUCCAGUUACUAUGCCCACAUAUCGGGCUCCAGGAACACCAACCUAUAGUUAUGUGCCCCCACAGUGGUGAUCAUCCUGGCAGUCAGUGUUUGAAGAUGGGAGAUAUGCAAUCAAGAAAUUGAGGUUUAAAAGUUGGUGCUGAAGCCCUCAUGCCUCCAACCAGGACUUUUCUUCUGAAUGCUUUCAACACUUGGCUAAACACUACUAAUUCCUGAUCACUGAAGAUUUUCCAGUGCUGCAUAUCUUACAUCUUGGAACUCCAGCAGUUAGUCUUAAAGCAAAUCCUGUUUUGUGGACUGUCUUGCAAUUUUUUAGCUAAUUAUAAUGAUAAAAAGGGAGUAUAAAUUUAUUCUGAUCCAUAUCUAGUUGAAUGCAUGUUAAAACACAAAAACAAAGCUUGCUCAAUCUACCUGCAGUGACUGAUGCAAAAACCAUCAUAUGCAAAUCCAAAGGAACCGAAAAGUAUUUUACAACUUGUAUCACUAAUGCACUGUUGUAAUGUAUGCAGGGUCUUAAAAGGUAGAAUCAUGAAAGUGAGUUUCUUUCUAGAAUACCAUAAUAUACAUUAGAUAAGUGCUUCAGCCUUUUUCAGGUUGAUGAAGUUGCCAGUUUAAAAGGGGCAUAUUUUUAUUUAAGCGAUGUAUUCUUUUCAAAUUCAACUACUAAAUUGGAGUGACUGGAAAAUGAGUCAGACAAGCUGUAGAAAUCCCGCACACAAUUAGUUUACUUCAUACCUUUUCAUUUUCAUUAUACAGAUUCAGUGUUAUACAGAUGUUCUUAAGGAUCAGAAUGAAAUGACAAAGGUAAUGCUGUGCGUGCCAGUAAAUAAAGCAGACUUCCUUGAGGCAAAA